AUGGAGGCCGGGCAGGGCCCCGGCCCCGGCGGCGACGUGGGCGAGCAGGCCGAGAGCGCAGUGCCCAAGCCGUACGUGCCGACGGAGGAGGAAAGGCGGCUCCUCAAGGAAUGUAGCGAGGAGAGCUCCCGGUACAGAGCUUUUCCUUUGGCUGCAGCGAGCAUGCUUGCCACUAGUCUCUUAAUUAGGAAAGGUAUUCUAAGAGAUAAUUCAAGAUUUGGCUCUCUURUUAAAGUUGCAUUUGCUGGGACGUGUGGAUACCUGGCUGGAAAGAUAUCGUACCUGCCAAUCUGCAGCGAGAAAUUUAAGAGGCUGAAGGAUUCCCCCAUAGGCGACGUUCUACGACAAGCUCAGAGGCAUAGUUCGCCUAACCGUUUCAGUCGGAAAUCUGAAUUUUCAGACAUGCCUUCUCAGGCAUUUACUGAAUCUUCUUCUCAGAGACCUGGGUCCCCACUUGCUUCUAGCUAUUCAGAUGAUUAUAGUUCAACAGAUCGUGCUCUCUCUAGCUAUGAACCUGUUCCGUUCAGUGCUUCCCUGAAUGAGUCUUCACCUACAGGAAUUACUGAUUACACUGUACAAGAGCCUGCUCCAGUUGCAGAAGAAACUCGUAAGAAAAAAGGCAUCUCAUAUGAGGAAUUAAGAAAUAAACACAGAGAAACAUACGAGGUAAUGUUACCACCAAAGGCAGAAACUCCAAACAAGUUUUCACGGGAAAAGCCAGCUAAAGAAGUUAAAGUAAAUAAAUAYGGAGAUACCUGGGAUGAAUAAGAACUGAACAAAGAAGCUGACAGAAGAUCCUUCUCUUCAGUAACUUGAACCUCACCUAUGUUAGUCCUGCACUUUUGGUGUGCUCUGCCAAACACAAUUGUAGUUGAAAUAAAGGAGAAGAAAAUCCUGACUUGUUGAAAGAUUAAAAAAAAAUGCAUUUAGGCUUAUUACUAUGUAAUUUUGCAUAAGUGGGAAGCCAGGCUAAUGUGAAGUGUCAUGAUUUUAAACUGUGCUGUUUCUUAAGAAGAGUGAGAAGGGUAACURGCAAUAACUGAUGCUAUAAACGUAGAGAGUAAGAUAAAAUGUAUAUAAAUAAAUGCAAUCAGAGAUGUGCUGGGGAGGUAAAAAUUACCAGAAUCUUCUUAAAUUUUCAAGGCUUGAAUUAAAAGUUACCUGUAGAACUAAUCUCUCACUUUAUUUUGUAUGAAAGUGAUGUGCUGGAAACCUCUACAUGCUCUCAUGCUWGGUUAGUAAGUGUUGCAGUGGCAUUGAGGAGCCAAACAAAACGCGUAAGUAGAAUUGGGUGGCAGCUGCUUUCAGACAAGUAGUCUGAAUGGCCCACACUGGAUCUUGUAGGACAGUCAUUUAAGAAGAAAAUCAUCCAYGAAACAGCAAAUACGUGAAAUACCUCCAUUUAAGUGCAGAAAGCUUAGCCUGUUAAGCUUUGCAAGAGUUUGAAUGGCAUCUUGACUUAAUCAUUGUGAGAUUAGCUUUAUUUCUUACCUCGCGACGAAAGGGAUGGGUUUGAGACUGUUUCUGGGGAGAAUAUCCUGCUGUGUGGAACACUGGGUUACGUCUGCUUCUCAGAAAAGAGCUGCAUUGGCAGUGCUGUCCUGAAGAGCUUGGUGUUCGCCUAAUCUGUCUUCAUCAAAAUAAUGUUGUGUUUUCUUCCACUGACAUGAAGGUGUUCUAAUCUUCCAGCUGCAAUUCUGAGCUGCUGUUGCUCUCGCAGUGCUGUAUUUAUUUUGGCUCUUUGGCUAUGGGUGAGUGAAAAAUGCUGAAGUUAAUAGCAUAAAAGCAUUGCUGACGUAUUUAUUAGAGAUGAAAAAUAACUUAAUCUACCAAGGAGAAAAUUCU